AUGCAGGCUUUCUGGUCUCAAACUCACGGUAGCGCUCCACAACAGGAGUUCCGAUGGUUUUCAAUUCAUAAAGCCUCUUCUCGUAAACAUCACGUUCAGCAUCUUCGCCCUCAUCGUAGAGCCAGUCUUCUGUUGAGAUCCGUUCCAGCUGAGUCGAAUGCGGUAAGGUUGCGAAUCUUUGAUAGCAAACUCACGAACACGGAAGGUUGGAGAGAGGAUAGCACACUGCAUAGCAGCUCCGCGAGCCACAGCCUCAUCUUGAUUCAUUGUGGUCUUUGGCUCCUUACCGAAAAGCUCCUUCACAAUUUGUCUGAUCAUUGGGAUUCUCGAAGAUCCUCCGACAAUCUCGAUCUCCUCUACAUCUUCCGGUUUGAUAGCAACGUCAUCGGUGAACAAAAAAAAGAGCUUACCGUAUUUAGUUUUGAACUCGUUUCUGAAAGACUCGCGGAUGAGAGCAUCGAACCAAAGACCACCAGCUUCCAGAUCGUAUGUGGUGUUGACCAUUUGCAAAUUUCCACGGUUAAAACAAACCAACGAUGCUUGGGUAGAAGAAUGUCCAAUAUCGAGGAAAACUACAUUGCGCGAUUUUUCCUUCUCUUCUGGGAGAUCCUGCUUGUAGAUACCGUAUGCCAAAGCGAUAGCAGUUGUUUCAUUGAUGAUACGAAGAUCAUGCCGCCGAAAGCUGGAGAAACCGCCGUUGAGAAAAUGGAAGUAGAUGAAGUCAAACAAGAAACUCAAGAGAAGGAAGAACCGGUCAAAGAUGUUAAUGCCAUUGCAGUUGAAAAUAUCAAAGAGCAGUUGGCUGCUUUGGAUAAAGGCGAAGAGCAUUUGAUUACUCGUGUGUUGCAAGUGUUGACAAAAACACGCAAACAACUGAAUGAUAUUGUUCUUCACAAGCUUUUAACUUCGCAUUUGAGCAGUGAUCCGCAAUACAGCGAAAAUCUUCUGAAGUUUCUACGCUACACGCCUCCACCAGCAGAAACUGAGGCUCAGCCAAUGGACACUUCGGUACCAAAAAACAGAUCGCCUAAAAAGGGAGUUAAGCCAGUGUUUUCAUCUCCGGAGUCUGAUUGCUACUUACGCCUACUAGUGUUGCUUCAUCUCUAUGCUCAGAAGAGACAUGCAGAAGCACUUGGACUUGGUGAACAGCAGCUCACAUACAUUUACCAAACAGACAAGCGCACACUAGAUGGAUUCGCGGCUAAAACACUGUACUUUUUAUGUGUUAUCUACGAACGUGAAGGCCGUCUUUUCGAUCUUCAAGGUUUUCUGAACUCUCGUCUUCGUACCGCGACCCUUCGCCAUUUCAACGAAUCUCAAGCAGUUCUCAUCUGCUGGCUCUUGCGCUGCUAUCUGAUUAAUCGUCAGUACCAGUCAGCUGCUCAUCUUGUAUCGAAGGUGGCUUUCCCAGAAAACGCGUCAAACAACGAUCUCGCUCGGUACAUGUAUUAUCAAGGACGUAUAAAGGCUCUGCAACUUGAUUAUAAUUCCGCGGCUGGAUAUUUCCUUCAGGCUCAAAGAAAAGCUCCUCAAGAAGGAGCUAUUGGCUUCAAGCAAGCUGUUCAAAAAUGGGUUGUUGUUAUCGGUCUACUUCAAGGUGAAAUUCCCGAUCGUAGCGUGUUUCGUCAACCAAUUUAUCGCAAGUGCCUAGCCCACUACCUGGAUCUGAGUCGUGGAGUUCGUGAUGGAGAUGUUGCUCGUUUCAAUCGAAAUUUGGAGCAGUACAAAGGUCAGUUCGAGGCCGAUGACACACUGACACUGAUCGUUCGUCUUCGUCAAAACGUUAUCAAGACUGCCAUCAAGCAAAUCUCUCUGGCAUAUUCAAGAAUUUACAUCAAAGACAUCGCCAAGAAGUUAUACAUGACUAAUGAGACCGAGACAGAAUACAUUGUAGCCAAGGCUAUUGCUGAUGGAGCUAUUGAUGCUGUCAUAACAUCUGAUGUCCGUGAUGGACCAAGAUACAUGCAAAGUUCUGAGACAGCUGACAUCUAUCGUACAUCAGAACCUCAAGCUCAUUUCGAUACUCGCAUUCGCUAUUGUCUUGAAUUGCAUAACCAGGCUGUCAAAGCUCUCAGAUAUCCACCAAAGAAGAAGAUUGCCGUCGAAACGAUUGAGCAAGCCCGUGAGCGAGAGCAGCAAGAGAUGGAAUUUGCCAAAGAGCUAGCUGAUGAAGACGAGGACGACUUCUAG